AUGGCAUCUCAUAUUUAUUACGUAUUCCCUAACUUAUCCUUCAAGAAACACCCUUCCCAGGACUUCAUUAACAACCCAUUGGUGGUGACAAAGUUCUACCAGAACAUCCUUGCUAUGGUGUUUGCUGUUGAUGAGAUCAACGAGAAUCCCAGGAUGUUGCCCAAUAUGUCUCUUGGGUUCCAUAUCUAUGAUGGCUAUUAUAAUUCAAAGAUGACCUACCGAAACACCCUGGACCUGAUCUUUAAAUCACAUCACUUUGUUCCCAACUACAGGUGUGGCAUCCAGAAAAAUGUAAUAGGAGUCAUUGGGGGACUUAGCUCUGAUACCUCCUGGUGCAUGGCAAACAUCUUAGGUCUUUUCAAGAUUCCACAGAGAAUCUCAUUCAACAACAGUGCUGGAGAUGAAAUUGAAUUCAAUGAAUACGGAGAGUUGGCAGCUGACUUGGAUAUUACAAACUUGGUCACAUUCCCAAAUAGAUCGUACAUCAGAGUCAAAGUGGGAAGGUGGGAUCAUCAGGCCCCUCCCGGCAAAGAGUUCACCAUUAAUGAGGACAGAAUCAAAUGGCACAGAGUCUUCACUGAGUAUGAUUGUGAUCCAUGUCCAGAAGGAAUGGUUUCAAAUGAGAAAGACAUGGAAACAUGUAUCAGUUGCCCAACAGAUCAAUAUCCAAACAGCAUCCAGGCUCUAUGCAUUCCUAAGAUUCAAAACUUCCUAGCCUUUGAUGAAACCUUGGCCAUUGUUUCAACUUUCUCUGCACUUUUAUUCUCCCUGAUUACAAUUCUGGUGCUCGGCAUCUUCAUUAAGCAUCGCAAUACAGCCAUAGUCAAAGCCAACAACAGAAGCCUCACCUAUGGUCUCCUCAUCUCCCUCCUCUUGUGUUUCCUCUCUUCUUUGUUGUUCAUUGGAAAACCUAAUAAGAUGACUUGCCUUCUCCGACAAAAAGCUUUUGGCAUUGUCUUUUCUGUGGCCCUCUCCAGCAUCUUAGCCAAAACCAUACUGGUGGUUUUGGCAUUCAUGGCUACCAAACCAGGAACCAAUAUGAGGAAAUGGGUAGGCAAAGAACUGGCUUAUUCCAUUGUCUUUUCCUGCUCCAUUAUUCAAGUAGGGAUCUGUGUCCUCUGGCUGGCAACCUCUCCCCCAUUCCCUGAUGUGGACAUGCACUCAAUGACAGGAGAAAUCAUAUUUCUUUGUAAUGAAGGGUCAGUCCUCAUGUUCUAUUGUGUUUUGGGCUACAUGAGCUUCCUGGCCACUGUCAGCCUCACAGUCGCCUUCCUAGCCAGGAAGUUGCCUGAUACUUUCAAUGAAGCCAAGUUCAUCACCUUCAGCAUGCUGGUCUUCUGCAGUGUUUGGCUAUCCUUCAUUCCAACCUACCUGAGCACCAGAGGUAAAUAUAUGGUGGCUGUGGAGAUCUUCUCCAUCUUUGCUUCUGGUGCUGGGUUACUGGCUUGCAUUUUUUCCCCUAAAUGCUACAUUAUUCUGGUGAGGCCUGACCUGAACAACAGAGAGCAGCUAACACAAAGAAAGGUCUAA